AUGGGAAGUGGACCUAUAGAUUAUGAGGCUGUGCCAGGUAAUUCAUUUUUAGUUGACUUACAACAAAAUACCGGUGAGGGUGAACAAAAGAAGAUUGUUUUAAUUCCUACACCGUCGGAUGAUCCAAAUGACCCUUUAAAUUGGGACCCGCUUAGAAAGUGGACUGCUGUUUUAUGUGUUUUGGUGUAUACCGCCGGUUUAGGUGGUUCUUCAGCUGCCGUUUAUUCUGUUUUAGAAGAAAUUAGUGAUAAAACUGGUAUCACUUUGGAUCAAUUAAAUAAUGGUACCGGUUAUAUGUUUUUAUUUUUUGGUAUUGGAUGUUUUAUUUUCCAACCAUUAGCUUUACAAUAUGGUAAAAGACCUGUCUAUUUGUUUUCCAUGUUGUCUACUGCUUUAAUCUGUGUUUGGCCCCCUUAUACUAAAUCUGAUGGAGAAUGGAUUGGUUCCAAGAUUUUGCAAGGGUUGUUGGGUGCAUGUGUGGAAUCUUUGCCAGAAAUUUCCAUGAGUGAUUUAUUUUUUGAACAUGAACGUGGUACUGCUUUGGGUAUGUAUGCUUUGGUCCUAUUGACUAGUUCAUAUUUGUCACCCUUAAUUGCGGGGUUCAUUGCUAGUAAUCAAGGCUGGGAAUGGGUUAUGUUUUGGACAGCCAUCGUCUGUGCCAUUUUCUUUGUUUUCUUGUUGGUUUUCAUGGAAGAAACCAAUUACGAACGUAAGUUGAAGAUUGACAGCAGAACAGGUUUACCAAUUACAUUUAAAAGACCUGGUGAGGAAGAAACUGAUUAUGUCACUAAUGUUUUCUCAAAAACUUCAAAUAUCCAAAUUAAUGAACAGAAACAACAGGCAAUGGAUGAUGUAUUGAAUGAUGAAACUUCAAGUUCUUCAAAUGAAAAAGAUAGAAAAGCCCCUAAGGUUGACGUUAACGAAAUUCACAAUUUGGAAGCCAUCACAUCUGCGGACAACGAAAAUGUUUACAACCAAGUGAGUAAUGUCGAAUAUGUUAAGAGCGAUGAGCCUACCAAUUAUAAGAUAAAAACUUACUGGGAAAGAAUGUCAUUGACAUCAGGUAUCAAGAAAAAGUUUUUACUACAUCAUUAUUUCUUGGGUCCAUUCUAUAUGGCUAGAUUUCCAGUUAUUUUGUGGGCUGGGUUUUUAUAUGGUUCCUCUUUGGUUUGGUUUAAUGUUUUGAAUGCUACAGAAGCCUUGAUUCUAGGUGGGGAUCCAUACAACUUUAAAACAUCCAUGUGUGGUUUGGCUUAUAUUUCACCAACUAUUUUCUCUGUCAUCAUUUUCUUCAUUGUUGGUUACAUUAGUGAUAAAUUGAAGAUUUACAUUGCUUCUAAGCGUGGUGGUCUAAGUAUGCCAGAAGAUAGAUUAUGGAUUGUCAGCUUUUACGCUGUUUUCGGUUGCGCUGCCUGUAUAUUGUGGGGUGUUGGUGCAUACUAUGAGGUGCAUUGGUUUGGUUUGGUGUUCGGAUUAGGUUUGCUUGGAGGUCUAGGUGUUUUUGGUUGUGCUUCUUCAACUGGUUAUGUUGUCGAUUCAUAUCACGAGUUGGAUACUGAAGCUAUGGUUGUUGUUAUUAUUAUAAGAAACUGUAUGUCAUUUGGUGUCAGUUACGGUAUUACCGAUUGGGUUGUCAAUUUAGGCUACAAAAAUUGUUUUAUUAGUGUCGCCUUUAUUUGCUUUGCUUGCAACGCUUCCUUUUUGUUGAUGAUUUACACCGGUCCAUGGUGGAGAAACAGACAAAAGCAUGCUUAUUGGAAUCUAGUUGAGAAAUAUAGAAACUUGGGUAUGCACUAA